UGACACAGUUGACGUCACACGCACCUGUCGCAAAAGGUCAAAACCACAGUUCACUGAGCACUGGGUACAUCAGCUGACACACAGCCAGUGACUGGAGUUCCACACAUACACGUACACGCCAGUCACCCGUCAAACCGGAAUCCCGUUAUUGUUUGGGGAUAUUUUUGUUUUCUUUCACUGGUUGAGUGUCGGGUGUGGAGCAGACGACCGACGUCGAGUGACGACAUUGUUGUUACAGUCGUCGCACGUCGCCCUAUAAUACAGUUUUGCCUACAAUAGUUGAAGCCGCUAGGAACACCAACAACUGGGUUAAAGGUAACAGACUUCCUGCUACAGGUGAGUCAACUGUUUGUUGGUAGUUAUUGUCGCUCUGUCAUCACGUGUGUCGAGCGUUGAGACGGUCUAGUCAAUCUUGCUCAUGUGUAGACACAUUUCAGUGGGUGACACGACACGAUAAGGUAUCGAAGAUAGUAUGUUGACCUUAUGUCUUGAAUUAUUUUGCAGAAUAAAACCAAUAGACAAACAUACAGAGAACAGUAGAGAUUGUGUCAUCUAGACGAGCAAAGUUCUCCACGAAUGUAAAUACAAGUGUUUUACGGAUGAUGUCAGAUUAUCACUGCUACUGUCAGACUAUUGCAGCAGAGUUGCAUGACUAUAAAUAGACGUUUGGGUGAAGAGCAAAUAAAGGGACACACAUAAUCAGACCACAUUAACUGAAAGGUUUUCACCACAUAUUCUCAUUAAAUUGUCGUCAUAGACCAUCACAAACAACACAGCUCAGAUUAAAUAGUUCUCUACCUAACAUCUGUUUCUGUAUGCGCGAGCGCGUUUGUGUGUGUGUGUGUGUGUCCCGUUAUAAAUACACUUACCUGCUGUCUAUUGAAAGUGGUAAUUCAAGUCAUAUUGUGAUCAACAACUACUUGCAGCAUCACCUAGUCCCUGUAUGCCUUAACACAAGGUUGGAUCACCAUUGAUAUGACGAGCUCGUGGAUGAGACUUGUUGUUCUGCUGUGUGGUGUGUACAGAACAUUAGGAGUAGGAAUAAUUAAGUGUAACAACAACAAGUUAGAAAUAUUUGAAGACUCACCUGCUCCAGUCACGUGUGGAGACUUCACCAGUACAGCUGAUGUUUACUGGCGACGAGGAGAUGGAGUAAUUAUCGGAGAGUGUAAUGCUAACACUGGCUGCAUCAGUAACUUAUACAACGACUACAGACUCAGCAGGUCACCGCAGUCCACGGAGAGUCAGCUGACCCUUGUCCCUGAUUACCGACGUCACGCGGGUCUCACGGUCACGUGUCAGGACAGAGGGAGUGGCUGUAUAGCCUCCUGUACUCUCGUCAUCAGACGUCACCCUGAGCUCAGUGAGUGUCACGUGACCACCAACCCUGUGGACUGGACUGUGUCAGGUUCAUGUCGUGUACAACAAGCUUUCUCCUCUGAUAACAUCUACACCUGUACAUGGACACGGAACACAGGGCAGCAGACAUUUGGAGGGUUUGAUGCCAGUCGUGAGCUGUGUUCGUUCACACAAGCUUUGCCACAAGCCGGGGGACUGUACACCUACAGCAUUUCUGUGUCUCCUCCUUCUACUACAGCCUUUUCUCAGCAACUGACACUAGUGGCUCCAGGUGACGUAACAACCACGUGUCCACACUCGGUGGUGAGUGGAGGAGACCUGUCCUGUACAUGUCAGACGACAAACACCGCCAGUCCUCCAGCCACAGUGAGAUGGGAGGGACGAGACAGUGAGAAGCUGGUGAAGACUAACGUACAGCGGGAGGACAACGGCACACAGUUCACGUGUCACGUGACAUGGGCUGGGCGUGUCUACACCUCCAUCACCUACACUCUGCUGGUUGAUGAUGUGGAGGGCCCCAGUGAUGUCGUCAUUAGCGAAACACAUCAUCCAGGUAGCAACGGUUCAACAGUCAUAAUGUUAUCAUGUAACACAACAGGUGCUGUGUACCCAGGUGUGAACUUUACCUGGAGUGCAGGUGUUUGUCAGAAUGAAACACACGCCGCCAGGAGCAGCACGUGCACCGUUAGUCUGGACGCCAAGGAUGACGGGAAAAGUGUGACGUGUACACUAUAAAUAGUAUCGACAGCCGGAUAUCCGUCUCGACAUCAGUGACACUUCGGAUAACUGGGACAGGAAACAUCAGCGUUGUCUUGACAACAGAUUCACUGUCAUCAGCAUCGGCUGUCGUCGGACCCGUCGUCGGAGCUGCUGUCGCUGUGAUUGUAACUGCCGUCAUCGCCAUUUCGCUCGUUAUUAUCAUCAGGAGAAGGCGCACAUUAAAGAAAGCGCCAGAAAAGACAACAAAGAGCCAUCCGUGCCAGGAUUCUGAGUUCGAGGACCACAUCAACGAGGUGUACGACAGUUCUGAGACUGCCGGACCACACAGCAGCUGCGGUGACAACUACAGGUCACGUGGUCAGGGUACAGACAGGGAAGCCAGUCACAGGAAUAAACAAGAGGUCAGCGCGCAGUAUGAAGACAGUCCGAGUGGAGGAUAUUACAGUGAGAUACGGGAGGUGGGCACUGGCAACACCUACCCUCAGCCUCACCACCGGCUGUCUAUGAACCCCUACAGCAACUGAGACACGGAUGGGGCACGUUAAGUUUCUUUGGAUGUCACAGUCAUCACUAAAUGUCACAGACAUCACUGGAUGUCAAUUGCUGAAUUCAUUAGUAUCCAUGGUUAUCAGUUGAUGUCUGCACGUCAUCUAUAUCUCUCCACGGUCAUGACUGGGAAGAGAAGGAAACAUUGAGUAAUCUUCGUGAACAGAAUACAGAUUUAUUCGCCAGGUGACUUUGUAGUAGGCCAUCACUUUUUUUUAUAACCAAGAAUUACACACCUGUAGUCGCCACUACAAGCACGUGAAAUGUAGCCACACAUGUACACAAAAUUCCUCUUAUUUUGAUCGCUCUUUUCCUCGAUCUUUCUUCACCCUCUCUCUCUCACACACACACACACACAUGAAAACACAAAAACCUACACACACGCAUACUGUAUACUUCAUCCACACAUUUCAACUCCGCCAAAACUACAUUCUUAAAGAUACUCAAAGAAAUAUGCGUGCUCGCACAGACUUGUUACACAACUACGUACAGAAGUAAAACUUACGGAAAUUGUGACUUUUAAUAAUUAUAUAUAUAUAUUGAAAAAGCCAGUAGUUAUACAAGCAAAACUGCCUGACAUUAGGUUUUCUAUAAAAACAAUAACAGACCUCGAGCAUUUUGUGGAUGACCAUGACAGUAAAAUUGUUGAUUUAACAACAUCAAAGAAUGAAGGAUGUGUAAAGACUCACUCAAACCACAGGUGGUCUGAAGGUGACACAAUGGUCGACUAGGAACUUGACUAAUGUCAUUUGUUAUCAAAGUAUUGAGUAGAGAAAAAGAUAUUAUCAUGACAUCCAUAUACACACUUAGUAUUCUAGUCCACUUUGAGUUUUUCUUACUAAAUAUUAGUCUCAGUAAGUUUAGAGUUUUCUUGUCUUUGUUUAUGUUCCAUAAAAGUUUUGUACUUGGCGUUUGAUUGAAGAUCGCAUGACGAGGUAGAAGAAUAGAACAUUUGAUACUAGGA